GUCCAUUAUCACCUCGAGAUCCACAACAUCGUUUACAUGCACUUACACAACAAACUCAAAGUCGUCUUGUUCUUGUUCAUCAUUUAACUAAGAAUAAAUUUGAUGAUCAUAUUGUUUCACUUGAUAUUGAUUCAGUAUUAAAUAUUAAUAAUAUGGAUAAUGAUAGGAAUUAUAAUUGCCUUUCAAGUGUGAUAGUGAAAGGUGAAGAGAUAGCAUACAUUAUUUUCACUAGUGGUUCAACUGGAACACCUAAAGCGGUUCAAGUUCGACAUAAGAACUUUAUUGAUUGUAUACAUUCUUUGGCUUAUAUAAACUCAUUUAAUAAAGACGAUACAGUUGUACAAAUGACGCGAUGUUCAUUUGAUAUCCAUGUUCAAGAGAUACUUGGUACAUUGUUAGUUGGAGGCACAUUGAUUAUACUUCAUCCAGGUGGAACUAUUGAUUUCGAUUAUCUAUCUAAAGUGUUACAGAACAAACAGAUCACGUAUCUGCAUACUGUUCCAAAUUUUCUACAUAGUUUUUUCAUUUUUAUCGUGCAGAACAAGAAUAUAAAUGCCGUGAAACAUCUUCGUUCACUUUGUAGCAUCGGUGAAGCUUUUGCUGUUCAUUUGAUCGACUUGAUUGUGAAAAUUGGUAUAACCAACUGUCAUGUGUGGAAUUUAUACGGUCCAGCUGAAACAACUAUAGUUUCUACCUUCCACAAAGUAGAUCUAACAGAGGAUACACGAAGCGUUUCAAUUGGUAAACCACUUUCUAAUUAUCGAUGCAUGAUUAUCAAUCAAUAUUUACAAUCAUCUGUUACCGACAAAGAAGGUGAACUAUGUAUAGGAGGAGUGAGUGUGUUUGCUGGUUAUCUUGGACGAGAUGAUUUAACUGCAAAAGCUCUUGUUGAAAUAGAUGGUCAACUAUUUUAUCGAACAGGUGAUCUUGUUAAAUUGGAUAACAAUGGUCUUCUUCGUUAUCAAGGAAGAAAAGAUCAUCAAAUCAAACUACAUGGACAACGAAUUGAACUUGGUGAAAUCGAACGAUG